AUGAUCCGAACUACAAUGCUCCGCCACGCUACGCGGCCCGUCACUGCAUGCACCGGGCGGCAAUCAUCCCGCCGGGCUCCGUACCCCGACGUCAACUCCGGGACGCGCUCCGCCUCCGACGUUCUCCUUAUGGCCGCCGCUACAUUCAUGGCCGGGUACACGGGCGCUGGGGCCCUCGUCGCUGUUCUCGGUAUCCCAAAAAUCGGAGGCUAUGGAGAGCCGGCUGGACAGACUCCUUCAUACUCUGUCGAGGUGGCCAUGAGCGCGAACCGGGAGCUCGGCUGCCAUGUAGAAUCCACAGAUGGGAUCUCCCGAACAUGUACGAAGCCAGGGGUCAAUCAGCGGCAGAGGGUACUGUACGCGGCGAGGUGA